AUGAUUGUCCCUACCUUCUCCGUUGUUUUGCUCGCCUCUGCGGGGCUUGCAUCCGCUAUUUCCCCAUAUCAGGUCCACGCCCGAGGUCUAGACUUGGUCCCUCGACAGGUAUGCUCUUCUCCCACUCCCUCCAACACUCUACCCGUCCCUAUUACUCUCCGGACUUGGAAAAGCAAGCUUGCUAAGUGCCGUAAUAGAAUAACAAUGGCGGGAAUAACCGUGGUGGGAAUAACGCGGGUAACAAUAAUAAUAAUACCGGGAAUAACAAUCAGAACAACAAUGACCAGGCCAAUGACCAGAAUGACCAGGCUGGUGACAACCAGAAUAAUGCGCUACUUUUAGACCCUGCGAACGUUCAGGAAGCUUCACAGGCGACUGGUCAAGAGGAUGGAGCUGAAGCUGGUCAGGCCGAUUCUGCUACGUAUGUUAUAUCUCAUUUGAGUGGGUUGGUUUGGAUGGAAACUCACGGUGCUUUAGAGAUGAUGCCAACUUUAUCAACUUCUGUACCGGAAAGACGUUGACAAACGGUCUGCAAGUACAGGGUGGAUCGUGUAACGGAAUUGGUACGCCUACCUAUCACUCAUCCAUGACCGAGCCUACUCUAACAAGAUAACAGUCAUGGGAGACAUCCCAUCAACAGCAAACAUGGUAUCAAGUAUCAUCAUCAACCCACAGCCAGGCCAGGACCUCGCAGCAGAUACAGCCUUCACCGUGCAAGUACAAGUAGAGAACUUGGCUGCCGGUUCCUUCACCAAUCCAGCAAACACAUACUACGCCGCACCACAAGCUCUCAACGGUGGUAUUAUCGUCGGGCACACACACGUAACCGUCCAAGAUUUGGGUGGCAGCUUAACACCCGAUGCCGCACCCAACGCCGACACCUUCACUUUCUUCAAGGGUAUCAAUGAUGCAGGCAAUGGAAACGGGUUGUUGGAAGCCGAGGUUACAGACGGUUUGCCGGCGGGCUUCUACCGUAUAUGCACUAUGGCUAGUGCGUCCAAUCAUCAGCCCGUGAUCAUGCCGAUUGCCCAGCGUGGUGCUCAGGACGAUUGCACGAAGUUUACUGUUGGGCAAGGAAAUGCGGGUGCGGACAACAACAACCAGGUAUUUUGAUAUUCAGGUGACCUGAAGUUUUACUCAAUACUAACGUAUUUCGGGAUCAAUAGGGCGACCAAGCAGGCCAAGGUCAACAGGACGGUCAAGGAGGUCAAGGUCAACAGGGUGGUCAAGGAGGUCAAGGUCAGCAGGGUGGUCAAGGAGGCCAAGGUCAACAGGGUGGUCGGGGUGGCCGUAACCGUGGCCGCUCCUUCUCGGCAUAAACCUCCUAACCCCUCCCCCCUUUCAUAUGCCUCCCUAUACCUGUAA